GCUUCGUGCUGGAUUUGAAGGUGAGAGUACACCAGUUUGCGCACUAGGCUUUGGGCCGGAGGAAUCGCGUAAAUCUGGAGAUUAUCGCGGAUGGAUGAAAACCAAACAAGACGCAAAUACUGGCGAGCAGAAGGAAUGGAUUGAUGCCGAAGAAUGGGCCAAACGUCACGAACUAUGGCGGAUGGACUUAAGAGAGACUGAUCUGGGAUUAGUGGACGACAAGAUUGAGCGAGCGUUUCGCGAGAUAUACAAUAAUUAUUUGCUUACAGACGCGGGGAACGCGCGACUUGUUUUAGUGCUGCCCUCAGUUAUACCUCACCCACUCCUUUCCCGAAUUCUCACAUCGCUCUUCAAUCGAUGGCGGUUUCCAUCCAUAACACUUCUGCCUUCUGCCGCCAUGACAGCAGCGGCUGCGGGGCUGCGCACGGCGUUGGUUGUAGAUAUUGGAUGGGCAGAAACCACAGUCACUGCUAUCUAUGAAUAUAGAGAGACUAGCACAAAGCGAACCACAAGGGCUAUGAAGUCAUUGUUACAGGAGAUGGGCAAAAUGUUAUCAAAUAUAGAGUCUUCUACCGAGGAAGCAACGGACAAGGCAAAUGAUAUCUCUGUCAAAUUCGAGUACUGCGAGGAAGUAGUCAACAGAUUUGCUUGGUGCAAAUUUCGCGAAACAGACGAAACUCCUGACAAGGUUGUUUCUAUCCCUUCACCAUCGAAGCCAGACUCGGGCUAUGUACAGGUGCCGCUAUCGCGGUUUGCGAAACCAGUGGAAGACGCUCUCUUUGCCAAUGGUGCCGAUGACCAUGAACUGGAUGAUCAUGAAAAGCCAGUCCAUGUAUUAGUUUACCACAUACUGCUCGCGCUGCCGCCUGAUGUACGUGGAGCAUGCAUGUCGCGCAUUGUAUUUGUCGGUGGGGGAUCAAAAAUUCCCGGUGUUCGGCAGCGUGUUAUGAAAGAUGUGUCCUCGCUGGUCAUUGAACAUGGAUGGGACUCGAUGAGAGGACGUGCCGUGAGAAAGCAAAAAAGCAAGCAGUGGGAGCUUGCCAUUAGACAGCCACACCAGGACGAAGACCAAUCCCAGAAUGGCACAAAAGAAGACGACGAGCCAGAGAAGUCCGCAGAGCAACCCGGACAACAACCACAGCAACAGUCAGAAGAGCUUGACUUUGUCGAAAAGAAACUUCGCCGUAAGCAGCCUCGUGAUAGCAAACCUUUUAUCCAAGGCCAAUUCCGGCAGGUCGAUUCUUUAGGACCCUGGGCUGGGGCCAGUCUCGUGACCAGUCUGAAAAUCAGAGGAUUCGUGGAGAUCGAGCGGGAGAAAUUCCUUCAGCAUGGCAUGGCUGGUGCGACACGAGACCCUGAUAGUCACCACGUGGCGGACCGACGAUCAGGGAUUAGGUCGUCUAUGGUUAGCGAUCGAUCAAGCUGGACGUUAGCUGGGUGGGGAUGAUUUAUGUUAAGAAUAAUGGAGAUUGAGUUUCGAGACGAGUGAGUGUAGUUUUAAAUCCUGAAUAUACAACGAUACCCCUUUUUCUUUAUUACUGGAAUGGGCC